AUGGCUCACCUGGUAGCGAUCUUGGGCGACACCGUGGAGGGGAAAGAUGGUGCUCGUGUGGGUGUGAGCUCACUGGCAGACAACGAUUUGUUGGGUCUGUACUUUUCUGCCCAUUGGUGUCCACCAUGCCGCAACUUCACCCCCGUGUUGGUCGAGUGCUACAAGUCAGUGACAGCGGCGGGGAAGAAGUGGCAAAUCGUAUUCAUCAGCUUUGACAGAGACAUCACCUCCUGCAAGGAUUAUUACAAUACAAUGCCUUGGCUACUUCUGCCGUUCGACAGUGACCUUAAGGAGCAGCUGUCGGAAACAUACGGUGUCAGGGGCAUCCCAGCUCUGAUCUUCAUAGACCCGAAGACUGGGAAACUGAUCACUGCAAACGGUAGGCAAGCUGUGGAGCAAGACAAGACUGGAGAGAAGUUUCCAUGGAAGUAG